CCUUUAACUUGAAUGUUUUACAUCAACUACUAAAUUAAUUAGUAAUAUUAACUAGUUAAAUUUGAAAUUGUGACAUGUGGAUUGCUAGAAUUGUUUGUUUUUAUUUUUUAUUGAAACUAAAUUUUGAAAAUCUGAAUUUAAAAUGUGCAAAUACAAAUUACAUUUUUCAGAAAAAUUUGCAGAAUCAAUAUAAAGAAAACAAAUUCUUUUCUUGGCAUUCAACAACUAGAAUUCCCAUGCGGCGUAGACUCAAAAUGUAAUAAAUUCUCUAAAUAAAUAAAUAAUAAUAAUUUUUAUGAAAUUUUGUAGCUCAGUAGGAAGAGAAACAGAAAUUGCUAAAAUAUGGGGAAUGGUAAAAAAGAAUGAAUAGUAUUAAAAGAGAGUAUGAAUAUACAGUCUUAAUGGACAAUGGAACUACAGCUGUGACAGACGAGGAGAAAGCAGCAUAAAACUUUACAAAGAAGAAGCAGCAGCAGCAGAAGAAGAAGAAGAAGAAUAAGAAAGAUUGGAGGAAAAAAAAUCCAUGUUGUCACGUGACGACGAAUGAGGAUGUUUGUCCAUCAGCAGCUGCUCGCAGCAGCAAAGGAGAUCCUCGGAGAGGUGGAGAAAACCGUGACGGUAGCUUCGUACCAAGCCGAUGUUCACCGAGCUCGGUAAUAGGCGUCAAAAACUGGACUCUGCACCAGAUAUCAAGUUUGGGUCUUGGUAGCUCUACUCAGAAACCUGGUCUAGAUCCGACACUCUCCCUUAACUGCCAUCCUCUAUCUGUUUACUAUCAUAGAGGACUGAGAAACAGAACAUACAUAUUUGAGAGGCUGUAAACUGUGAAUUAUUUGGCAUUUUUGCUUAAAAAUAUGACUUCAGCGAUGAUCUAAAGUGUUGCAGAUUAAUUUUCUGCCAAUCACUAAUGGAUUAAUUGACUAAUUGUUUCAGCUCUAAUCCAAAGAAGCCCAUUGAGUAACUUAAGUCUCCUUUGUGGCUACAGAACCUCCACUGACCAACAGUAGUGUGACUGGAGAGGAAAUGCUGCAGGAGACCUCAAAACAAACCAGUGUGCCAGGCCCCUCUCAAACCAGAUACAGAAAACAAUGAUGGGAACUUGGGGAUGACAGCCGAACACAGGAGGUUAUUUUUCCUUCUCCUGGAGUUGUGAAAAGUGAGCGAGAUCAGCCUGAGACACGGGUGUCUUAUGAACUGCAGCUCGUUUCUUCAGACUGCUCUGCAGCCCAGAGUGAGAGCAGUGAUGAGGAGUGGGUGCCGAGCAACGGAGCACAGACAAAGAUGAAGAGACGAAAGGUUUUGCGAAGAUAAAAUGGCGCAGAAUGAAGCAGAAGGGUCAAGCAGCGUUGCCUGACAGAGAUUCUUCUGCUAAAAGUCAAAAGGACCGCCGUGUUUGUCCUAUAUGUGGAAAGGGUUUCCAGUGCAUCCCUUCAAAGAAGCACGUAAAAACAUGUAAGAGGACAAGCGAGUCUACAAAAGGAGCUUCUAAGUCAUUUGCAAAGAGCUCACAACAAACAUCUUAUUUGUGAUGUUUGUGGCAAGAAGUUGACCAACCCCAAUUGUCUACAGAUACAUUCAAAAAUACACACAGGGAUUAAAGACUUUAAAUGUAAAGGCUGUGGAAAAACCUUUGUCCAAAAAGAGCAUCUGAUUGUGCACAUGAGGACACACACAGGAGAGACCGUAUCGUUGUGGAUCAUGUGGGAAACAAUUUUACAUCUGUGGACACACAUGAAAAGUUGUUCAGGAGAAAAACCCUACUCCUGUGACAUUUGUGGUCAUGUUUUUUCAAGGGGACAAUUGAUUCGACAUAAGAAUGCACACACAGCAGGGAGCGUGGAGUAACCUCUACAGAUGUCUGCAGUCCAAGACCAAGUCAAGAACAGAUGUCCAUGCAUGUAGCCAGUGUCAUCAAAGCAACUACACAGGUCAUCUAAUGAACAUCCAACAUGAUGUACUAUAAGCUACCCAAGGAGGAUGUCACAAGUCUACCACUGCUAGCGUCAUGCUCCAUGUCAUCAGGGACUGCUGCUCCGUUUGGUUGACCACAUUGUCACAGUAGCUCCUGGUUGACAACCAGCAUGGAGGAGAGCAAGCUCAUCUUCAGCCUGGACCGCCACAAUGAAGGUCCCACCGUGGUCUUUUCCAGAGACAAACCACAAGCCAGGGAGAGCCAGCCUGACCUCAGCCUGGGGAUGGAUUUGGACCUGAGCCAAGGCCACCGCUCCCAGCCCACCUUCCUGCCUCACUCCCCCUCUUCCCCGGGCUCUUUAGCUGAUCUAUCAGCAGCAUCAGCAGGCCUGCUUGUCACCACCAACCUGGUCAAAUCCUCCUCCACAGACCUGGACCCGAGCGAGAGCAGCUCUCUGCGAGGCAAACCUCUGCUCAGCCUGGUCAAGUCGCUCAGCACAGAGAUUUCCCGCCGGGUUGAGCCAGAGGUCAACCUCUCCAAGUCAGACUCCAAGCUGCAUUUGCAUCCCUGGAAGCAGCUUACCCAUUCAAAAAUCCCCGAGGCCAAGCCUGAAGCAGGAGGACUGAAUGAGAAUGAAGACUGGAUAUCACCUCCUUCCACAGGCAGCAUGCCUCCCGCUGAACCCCGGGGCAGCUCGCUGAUCGCGGAGCUGGAAGACACACGGAGGAAGUUCUCUGAGGCCAUGCAGGAUCCGCUGAGCAUGCUGAGUAAGAUCAUGGGGGACGAAACCUCCGGCAGCCCCAAGCAGGGGAGGGCUUCUGGUGCCGGAGACUCACCGGCCUCCCAGGGCAGCUGUGGCAGUGAAGAUGCAGACCUUAAGUGCCGAAGGAGAGCUAAUGGUGAGCACAGAAGUGGGUGUGACAUACCUUUGAAAAGACUCCAACAGGGAUCCUUAAUAAAAUCCUCCGUCUCCCCAGAACCCCACACCCACAACAGAGACAGCCAUUUCGAAAUCCGUACUUAUGGAGAUAUGAUUCAGGUGGUGGAGCUCCAGAGUGGAUCCAGUGGGACACAUCAUAGAACUUACACCCAGUCUCAAGUCACAGUGCCAGGCUCAUCACUGCCUCUUCACUGGCUCUUCCCUGUGGGUCUUCUAGCUUAUGGUUUCUUUGUGUUGCCCCUGCCCUCCUAUGUGACAGGUCUGUCUGUGGGGGUUGCAUGUGGCUUUAUUUUGGGCCUGGUGGUGGUGUUCAUGUUUGCCCCGCAACGCUCAUCUACCAGAAGCAACAAGGGCUCUCGUUUGAGCAAAUCCAGACCCCUGAACACGGAUCCACUGGAUGGAAAGCUCACAGAUCCAGAAAUCCUAGAGGGCUGGAUGAAUGAGACACACAGCUACGACCCUGAGACUUUCCACCCCUCCAUCACACACUCUGUCUAUGUCACGCUGGAGGGGAGCCGGCUGCGCCUGGCAUACCCACGUGCUAACAUCCCCCGGUGGGCAGAUUUCGACGAGACACCCCACGAGGCCAUGUUUUUGCAUUCACGCACUUACCAGCUGGCUAACUGUAAGGUGUUUCUGUUGCCUCCUGGUUUGGCUCGCAAGAGGGUGUGGAACAAGAAAUACCCCAUCUGCAUCACUCUAGCUGAGGGGGAGGUAGGGGAGGAGAGUGUGGUUGAAGGGCAGGAGGAGGAAGAAAGGGCAGAGAGACACACUGUCCCGGACCACCAGCUUCCUGUCACCCUGUACCUGUUUGGCCGCACAGGAAGAGAGAAGGAGGAGUGGUUCCAGCACUUCCUGUCUGCCUCCCAGGCUGGAGCCAAAAGCAGUGUGCACGGAGAGGAGAACACAGAAACACCAUGUGGUGGAGACGCUGUAAAAGAAAGCACAGAGGAGCUGCACGACUUGCCAGGAGCUAUGAAAACAAGAACACUAUUGGAGUACAGCUCCUACAUGACUCAAAUGAUUGUCUCACAGAGUUGCAAUCUCACCCCCAGUCCCUGCCAUAGUGACAAGGGAAGCCCCACAACCCAUAAGAAGAAUCACAAUGAAGAGCAUGGAUCUGGAGGUCAAGCUGGAGCUGAGCCCAGUGCGGGUUCAGGGGCAGGGGGAUGCUCUGCACAGGGCCAGCCCACCUGGGUGAACUCCCUGGUGGGAAGGAUCUUCUGGGACUUUCUGCGGGAGAAGUACUGGACCGAUCAGGUGGCACACAAGAUCCAGAAGAAACUCAGUAAGAUAAAGUUGCCAUAUUUCAUGAAUGAGCUGACUCUGGCUGAUCUGGACAUGGGCACUUGUCUACCUCAAGUCCUCAGCACCUCCAAACCUACACUGGACCGCAGAGGCCUGUGGCUGGAGCUGGAGUUGGUGUACACGGGCUGCCUUCAGAUGACCCUGGAGACUAAGAUGAACCUGCGUAAGCUGGGUAAAGAUGGAGAGGACGAGGCUCACAGCGUUCCAGAGACCCAGCAAGUGGGCUCUAAGCCCAGGCUGUGUAUACUGGCUGACAGCGAUGAAGAGUCAUCCAGUGCAGGCUCAUCUGAUGAAGAGGAAGCCCCCACCUCUGAGCCGCAGGGGUCUCUGGGAGAUAAGAGCACAGUGGUAGCAGCUGAUGGGCACACUGGUGGCAGCACAAGUAGGAAGAUCUUGAGAUUUGUAGACAAGAUAGCAAAGUCGAAGUACUUCCAGAAAGCCACAGAGAACGAGUACAUCAGGAAGAAGAUAGCUGAGGUGUCCAACAUGCCUCUGAUGCUCAGCGUCGAGGUCCUGGAGCUCUCUGGCACUCUGGCCAUCAACAUCCCACCUCCGCCUACUGACAGGAUAUGGUACAGUUUCCGGGUGCCUCCAAAGUUAGACCUUCAUGUGCGUCCCACACUCGGGGAGAGGGAGGUCACCUUCACGCAUGUCACUGAGUGGAUCGAGAAAAAACUGCAGUGCGAGUUCCAGAAAGUGUUUGUCAUGCCCAAUAUGGAUGACCUAUAUCUGCCCCUCAUGACAUCUGGCCUGGACAACCCACCUGCAUCCCACCAGUCCUCAAUGCAUUCCUCAUCCCACCAGUCCUCCAUGGAGUCCCAGGAGUACAUGUCAGAGUAGUGCCCCCUCUGAGGCCACAGAUGGGAUUAUGUCGAUGCAAAAUAGCCAUUAUGCAGCUAUUGCCGUGAAUCUCUAAUGGGGUCUGAGGCUGCUGAAGCUGGGUACCGGCUUGGUCUUUAUCCUGAGUGUGUUCGCUGUAACGAGAGCAGGGUAGAUGCCUCCUGAAGGCACGCUGAGCACGGCAGCGACCUUGAGACUUUGAGAAUGGCGCUACAGUGCCCCCUACUGUGAAGAUGAUUGAACUGCACCUAACACCAGUGAGGGCACAUUAUACACCAGUUUUCCAAAAGGGAACUUUUUUAUUUAAUGCUAACACUGAUAAAAGAUGCAAGACUGAAAAACUGGAUGUCUUUACUGCACGCCACUGAUCCUGUUAAGGGCUGUGAGGUUGAACAAAUUAGAAACUGAAAAACAUGGAGAUGAUUAUCUGAUGAUUAUGUUCAAUCAAGCUACCAUGAUGCAUGUUAUUUCUGAACAGUUUUAAAAUGCUCAUGGAUUUAUCAGUGAAUAAAAACCUGUUCAAAACUUCAA